UUCACAUCCAUGGGGAACACGCACGCGCCCCGCCAAACCCAAGAAACCGCGACGUCUUCCCGCCAAUCGUUAUCCAGGAAGUCAUAUACUCUCUCCCUAGCUAUGGAGGAGUCGGUACAGCAGAGCUUGGGAUUCUAAGUGAAGUGACGACAUAAACAGCAACUAUCGGCAAAAAGCUCCCUUUGAGAUUUAGGGCUAAUCUUACCAAUUUCGUCGUUUCACUGUAAAAUGGGGGACGCUUUUGAAGAGCAGAACAAGCUUCCGGAGCUAAAACUCGAUGCGAAGCAAGCUCAAGGGUUCAUUUCAUUCUUCAAACGCCUACCCACCGUGAGCGAUUUUGUCGAGUUUCUCUUUUACGACGCUAGAGCUGUUAGAUUUUUCGAUCGUCGGGUUAGUGCUGUUCUGGCCCUUAUUAUAAGUGUUAUUAUAGGGGGUACACUCAUUGUUGAGCAUUGUUCUUCCUUUUUUCUUGUCGAUUUCCAUGACUAUUACACUGCGCAUGGGGAGAAUGCAACUUUUAUUGCAAAGACCUAUUACCAUACUACAACUGCUGUGCGUCAACUGGGAAGUGGUCCCGAUGCCAUUUCCAGUGUUAGUGUGAGUAAGAAUAUGUUCGAGACUGUUGCUCGGGAUCUUCUUCUGGAGAGGACUGAUCACACUGUCGAGCUGUAUGAGGGCAGUGGAGCCAAUUGGAGACUUGUGAAAUGCGCAACACCUGGAAAUUUAGGUGGUUUUGAAGAAGUCCUGUUUGCUAACAAUGAGAUGCAAGAUUCUCCGGUGAUUGUUGCUGUUGUUGCAAAUUACCGUGAAAGCGGAUUCACUGUUGGAUUGAGCUAUGUCAAUCUUACCAAAAGGUUACUUGGACUGGCAGAUUUUCCUGAUGACAGCCACUUUACAAACUUGGAGUCAGCUCUUGUUGCUCUCGGUUGCAAGGAGUGCCUUCUUCCAGCAGACAUUGUCAAGUCCAGUGAAUAUAGGCCACUGAAUGAUGCACUGUCCAGGUGUGGUGUAAUGGUAACCGAAAGGAAAAAAUCAGAAUUUAAAGGAAGAGAUUUGGUGCAAGAUCUCGGUAGGCUCGUAAAAGGCUCAACGGAACCAGUAAGGGAUCUUCUAGGGGCAUUUGAAUACGCACAGGGGGCUCUCGGGUGCAUAAUUUACUAUGUGGAUCUUCUUGCUGAUGAGAGAAAUUAUGGAAACUACAGAAUCCAACGAUAUGACCUUGAUAGUUACAUGAGAUUAGACUCUGCUGCCAUGCGGGCGCUAAAUGUCAUGGAGAGCAAAACUGAUGCUAACAAGAACUUCAGCUUGUUUGGUCUCCUUAAUAGAACAUGUACUGCAGGGAUGGGCAAGCGUUUGCUGCACAUGUGGCUGAAACAACCUUUGCUAGAUGUAGAUGAGAUAAACUGUAGGCUGGAUUUGGUACAAGCUUUUGUGGAGGAUACUGUCCUACGCCAUGGCCUAAGGCAGCAUUUAAAAAGAAUCUCAGAUAUAGAGAGACUUGUGCGCUCUCUUGAGAAGAAGAGAGCGGGUUUGGUUCAUGUUGUUAAGCUUUACCAGUCAAGUAUCAGACUCUCAUUCAUCAAAAGUGCAUUAGAGCAGUAUGAUGGCCAAUUUGCUUCACUGAUCAAGGAAAGAUAUUUGGAUCCUCUAGAAAAAUGGACUGAUGAUAACCAUUUAAACAAGUUUAUUGGUCUUGUGGAAGCGUCUGUUGACCUUGAUCAACUUGAAAAUGGAGAAUACAUGAUUUCAUCCGGAUAUGAUCCACAGUUAUUGGCUUUGAAAAAUGAGCAAGAUUCUCUUGAACACCAGAUACAUGAUUUGCAUAGAAAAGCAGCUGACGACCUUGAUCUGGUUCUUGAUAAAGCUUUGAAAUUGGAGAAAGGGACACAAUAUGGAUAUGCUUUUAGGAUUACUAAAAAGGAGGAGCCAAAAGUGAGAAAGAAGCUGAAUACCCAGUUUAUUGUUCUUGAAACUCGAAAGGACGGUGUUAAGUUCACAAACACAAAGCUUAAGAAAUUAAGUGACCUCUACCAAAAGGUUGUUGAGGAGUACAAAAGUUGUCAGAAAGAAUUGGUUGCCAGAGUGGUCCAGACUGCUGCUAGUUUUUCCGAGGUGUUUGAAGGAUUAUCGUGGUCACUCUCUGAAUUGGAUGUUUUGCUAAGUUUUGCUGAUUUGGCUGCUAGCUGUCCCACUCCUUACACACGUCCAAUCAUCACUCCUUCAGAUGUCGGAGAUAUUAUUUUGGAAGGGAGUCGACAUCCGUGUGUUGAAGCUCAAGAUUGGGUGAAUUUUAUUCCGAAUGAUUGUAAACUAGUCAGGGAUAAGAGUUGGUUCCAUAUUAUUACAGGACCAAAUAUGGGAGGAAAAUCAACAUUCAUUCGACAGGUUGGUGUGAACAUUCUGAUGGCACAAAUUGGCUCUUUUGUCCCUUGUGACAAUGCCAGUAUUUCUAUACGUGACUGCAUUUUUGCUCGUGUGGGUGCUGGUGACUGCCAGCUACGUGGAGUUUCUACCUUCAUGCAAGAAAUGCUAGAGACUGCAUCGAUAUUGAAAGGAGCAACUGAGAGGUCAUUAAUUAUAAUUGAUGAGCUGGGCCGUGGGACAUCAACGUAUGAUGGAUUUGGCCUAGCUUGGGCCAUUUGUGAGCACAUAGUUAAAGUAAUAAAAGCUCCAACAUUUUUCGCUACUCACUUUCAUGAGCUGACUGUUUUAGCUCAUGGAAGUUACGGUGACGAGCAAACUUCGAAAAAGCUGCCAGGAGUAGCUAAUUAUCAUGUUAGUGCUCACAUUGACUCAUCAAGUCGCAAACUUACUAUGCUUUACAAGGUUGAACCAGGGGCCUGUGACCAAAGUUUUGGUAUUCAUGUUGCUGAAUUUGCUAAGUUUCCAGAUAGCGUGGUCGCCCUUGCCCGAGCUAAGGCUUCUGAGUUGGAAAACUUUUCGUCAACAGCAGGUGUACCUCAUGCUGCAAAAGAGACAGGAUCCAAACGUAAGCGAGAAGAAGACAAUGAUGAUGUGAGUAAGGGUCACGAGCUGGCACGUCGGUUUCUGAAGGAUUUCUCAGAGUUACCACUCGACAAGAUGGACAUGAAGCAGGCUUUGAAACAUGUGGGCAAGAUGAGAGAGAAGUUGGAAAAGGAUGCAGUGGACUGCCACUGGCUCCACCAGUUCUUCUAGUAAUAUGGUUUGGAGAUGGAAGCAAAAUGCCACUUUCUCAAUCUUAAAAUCUUCCAUCUGUAUAUAAAUGGUAGGUUUAGGCCUUCAGUCUUCAAUCGGGCUUCAGUUGGUGGAUAGCGUGAAUUUUACUCGGAUUUUGGGGUAAGUUUAGGGGUCAAAGUUGUGAAAACCCCCCGUCUAUCCACUGUUUUGUGCGUAGGCGUUUGAACCUCUUUUGUGUUGCGCAAUGGAAGUGUCGAUGCGUUUGCUUGCAUGCUUUGUUUCUGUCUGUACGCAUGUUUAUUAUGUAUGUCGUUAUCUUAUUACGUGUACGAGAGGGGAUGUUUACAUUUUCUGUUAGUGAUUUUUAUUAGCUGUCACCAAAUAUUUACCUAUGUUUAAAGUAUAAGGAGUUGCAAUGUUAAAUUAGUAAAUUUGUGAAACUUGAUGUCACGAAAUUAUUCAAGACUCAUAUGUUGGUGAUUUUCAAUUUCGUGAUGUUUUCUAAGUGCGUCGCCCUUUGCAGAA